AUGGUGCAGUUGCCUGUGGUGGACUUAUUUGAGAUGACAAAGGAUUUUUCUACCGGGGGCUUGUAUAUGAGUGAGAGAGAGAUCGUUGAAGCUCCCCGCGAGUCCUUCCCGCCACGUCCGUUGGGAAUGGCAGUAUCCCUGUGCGCUGUGACAAGCAGAACGAGUUCCAAUCCUGUUCAAGGGGAAAAAUGCAAAUACGCUGGUCAAUCAGUGAGAGCACUUCCUAUACAUAUAUUGUCGGUUGGGAAAAAGCGAUCUCCUGCUGUACAACUCGUGGUUGACGAGUAUGUUCAAAAGCUCAAGUACUAUUGCGGUGUUGAGGAUGUUUAAAUAUGAUCAAAUCCUAGAAAUGCAGGUGACACGAGGGCUCAGGUUGAUGAUGAAGACAAAGCAGUGAUGGACCUUAUCAGAUCUGAUGACUGGGUUGUGAUGUUGGACGAGUAUGGGCAAGACAUAGGUUCUGAACAAAUGGCUGAAUUGGUGGCUGAUGCUGGAUAUACGGUGAGGUUUACAUCUCAUUUAUGA